GUUUGAUGCUCGCCUAGCCUGGGCCUCAUUGAUGCCGACGACUGCUGAUGGGCACCGAAUACGACGCGCAUCCAUUCUCAAAGCCCCCCCCGUCCGUGUGGCGACGUGCGUUUUGCGAGUGCCAACGCCGUUCUAAUCCCGUCCAAGCAUGGCGGCAUCCUUCACGGUUGCUUUUCGGCCAGCGCGAGCUUCUCCGUGCUGAUCUCGACGGCAGGCGACGCGAUGGCCGUGUGGGAUGGUGGUCGAUGGAUCGAUGGACGGAUGCAUCGUCGCCUCUUCCUGCUGAACUCUUGCUAGAGCUGGCUCCAAGCCCCAACGCCGGCAGCGCAGCGAGCAUCAGCUGGCUGUGCCAAUCACACGCCGUCGCCUCCGGCAGAAACGCGCCCAAUGGGCGACGGCUGACGCUGCCAGUCGGUGGCUUGCUCGCUGCCCACACGCACGCACGAACGCACGCCCGCCUGCUUGCCUGGCGGACUGGCAGCCCGUCUGACUGCUGGACUGAUCCCAAGCCGCACAUCCUGGCCUGGGCUGGGCCAUCCAGCACGCCGUCCUCCGUACGCAGAGCAAGAGUCGCCUGCUCGCUGCCCAGCAGUCGAACGUUUCCCUGCUCCGCUCCGGUCAUUGCAUGUCUCAAGGACACCUCAGCCAUGUGAGCAGUCGGCGCCUGGGUCGACACAGCGACUUCCGGACGGCCUGUUGCUCAGGUGCCUUGCUGAAACUGGGAAGGCGGUGAUUGGCUCUGAGAUGGCGACGAGUUUGAGAAACUGCUCGUCGCAGGCAAGACACCCUUCUUUGACGCACGCCGAGCGAGGGGGAGGAGAAAGGAAGGGGACGGUGGGCGACUGUACAGUGGACUCUCGUUCCCGCCAGGGGAGACCCAAUACCGGUUCCCUUCUCAGUGAGACUCCGGAACGCCGUCCAUGGCGUUUUUGACGCUGAUCAAGGACAAAACAAGAACUGUUUUCAAAAUGCCAC